AUGUAUACAGUUCCCCACCACCACCAUACUACUCCCAUCGCCAAAGGUAGACUACAAGUCUCCUCCACCACCGUAUGUAUACAGUUCCCCACCACCACCAUACUACUCUCCAUCCCUAAGGUAGAUUACAAGUCUCCUCCACCACCGUAUGUCUACAGUUCUCCACCACCACCAUAUUAUUCACCAUCUCCUAAGGUAGUUUACAAGUCUCCUCCACCACCAUAUGUCUACAGUUCUCCACCACCACCAUACUACUCUCCAUCCCCUAAGGUUGUAUACAAGUCUCCUCCACCACCGUAUGUAUACAGUUCUCCACCACCACCAUAUUACUCACCAUCUCCUAAGGUGAUUACAAGUCUCCUCCACCACCAUAUGUCUACAGUUCUCCACCACCACCACUAUUCACCAUCUCCUAAGGUACAUUACAAGUCUCCUCCACCACCAUAUGUCUACAGUUCCCCACCACCACCAUACUACUCUCCUUCCCUAAGGUAUACUACAAGUCUCCUCCACCACCGUAUGUCUACAGUUCCCCACCACCACCAUACUACUCUCCUUCCCCUAAAGGUAGACUACAAAGUCUCCUCCACCACCAUAUGUCUACAGUUCCCCACCACCACCAUACUACUCUCCCGCACCUAA